AUGAUCACAGGAGGAAACCUUGAAGACAGCAAGGAGGCCCUGAAACUAGCGGAGACCAGAGAUGAGUUCUGCUGCACGGUGGGCUGCCAUCCCACCCGCUGCUCUGAGUUUGAGCAGAACGGAGAGUCGGAAUACUUCUCAGGGCUGAGGGAGCUGGCCUCACACAGAGGGAAGGUGGUGGCCAUCGGAGAGUGUGGACUAGAUUUUGACAGGUUGGAGUUUUGCCCAAAAGAGACUCAACUAAAAUACUUUGAGAAGCAGUUUGAGCUGGCAGAGGAGAGCAGGCUUCCCAUGUUCCUGCACUGCAGAAACUCCCACCAGGAGUUCAUCGAAAUCAUGAAGAAGAAUCGGGACAGAUGUGUUGGAGGAGUGGUCCACUCAUUUGACGGGACAGCAGAGGACGCUGCUGCCCUCAUCGACCUGGACCUCUACAUUGGAAUAAAUGGAUGUUCCUUGAAAACAGAGGCCAAUAUUGAAGCCAUGAAGUCUAUCCCCACUGAGAGACUCAUGAUAGAAACAGAUGCUCCAUGGUGCGGCGUAAAGAACACUCAUGCAGGCUCCAAACACGUAAAAACUACAUUUCCCACAAAGAAGAAAUGGGAGGCAGGACACUGUCUGAAGGACAGGAAUGAGCCCUGUCACAUCAUACAAGUGCUGGAGGUGAUGGCAGCAGCGAGGGAGGAGGACCCUCUGGAGCUGUCCAACACCAUCUACAACAACACCAUCAGAGUGUUCUUCAGCUCCAGCUGAGGAUGGACACAAUCAGGAGACGUGUGUGUGUGUGUGUGUGUGUGUGUGUGUGUGUGUGUGUGUGUAAGAAUGGUUGAUAAACUCUCCCUUUGCCAAUUUUGAAUUUUCAAAUAGUUUCUUGUCUUAGUCUAAAAUAAAAAACGGG